AUGACGCGUGGCGAAGAAAUAGGAAGCAACAGAGACGGCCGUGAAAGGGGAAUUGCACACGUGAAAGUAACGGCGCGGAGCCAUAAUCAAAGACGCACGUGUUCGCCAAUCUACCUUGACGGAGGUGAAGAGAGAGAGGCGGAUGGCGGCGCUCGACGUCGUUUGGACUCGGCCAAAAAACUGAGCCUGUCUCGUCAGUCUUCUUACAGAAAUCAGACGGUGAGGCAACGUUUUUCAUCGUUCCAUCUUUUGUCAUUUUUUACUUGUUCUUCCUUGUUUCAACAUCUAAUCAAUUGUUUGCAAUUGCUAGAUAAAACAACGCAGCGCAAUAAUUCGAUCGAAAUGUCCUACUCAUCCCACAAUCUUUGGUUAGUUGUCCCGUUGUUGUAUCUGGCUACGCAGUUGGUCGACGGAAAUCCCGGAUCUUACGCUUAUGCAAAACCUCAUUAUGUUUCUCACGGCGGAUCACAACCGUACCUACCGGCACCAACCGGAAAGAGGCCAUCGUGCGCUGGACCUUCGGACACGUUUUGCACUGAAGUAGAAUAUUACCCAACGGAAGUUAUUGAAUAUCUAGUGAAACGUUACAGCUUCGAUUUCAAAACACUUUUGCAAGAUGAAUCGAUGGACUCCAUGACCUUAAUGACAACCAACAUAACCGCUCCGGAAAUACACACUACCCAUUACCCAACUUUUGUUCCAAAACAACCCUACGCUGGCCCUUACAUCAAUAGUAAAAUUGAACACGAACAUUGGUGGCCAAGGUACGUUCGAGUGGCACCGAGGCGCCAACAAUCAAUGUCGGGCAAUACUCGAGUAACUCGUCAGGUUUCAAAUGAAGAAAAGUUGUGCCCAACAACGUCUUCUUUCAUUGCGCCACGGACGGCUGUCAACACACGAGGGACUUGGAUGUAUGUCGUCAAUUUGGAAGGGGCCGAUCAGCAAAAUACGCAACUUGUACGGACCGAAAGAUGCGCGACAACAGAAUGUUCAGGGCUUUGCCAAGUACCGGCUGGGUUCAGCUCCAAAUGUACUCAGCAAUUUGUACAGAAGAGACUCAUAGCACUGAAUGGAAAUGGAGAGAGCCUCUACACAGAUACCUUCUGGUUCCCUCAUUGUUGCAUUUGUCAGAUUACAUCCAAUGUUUGAUGUGAAUGCUCGUUCACAACACACCAUUGGCCUUAUUUAUUCUAUACCAACAGAUCCAACACUUCACUUCUGAAUAGUUAAAAAUCACAACCUAUACACGAGCUAUUCUCAAACAGCAACAUGUCACGAGCUAGAAUCAAUACAUUCCAUAUUGACACUU